AUGGACGCCGUGAGCUUUGACCCCGUGCCAUGGAUCACGGUGCUGCUGAAUUUCCAACAUGCGAAGUCCCAGGCGAUCCAACUGGUUCCAAAAGGGCAACAGUUGGUAAAGCAUGAGGGAGGUACCUUUGAUGCCCGCUGGCAGCCCUUGACGUCUGCCAUCCUUGGCAAAUCCAUCUCCUUCAAACAUCAUCUGGGACCAGAGUACAUGCGACGGAUCUUGGCCUUUAAUCGAGAAGUGUCAAUCACCAUUCUGGCGGGUCAGAACUUCUCAGUGGAAUGUGUCUUGGGUGGAAUGAAUCCAUACAUUGAGGUACAGGUCAUGAAGGGUGAUGAGGAUGACAAAGAUGACAAGGAUGAGGAAGAGUCCAAGGAAGAGGUUGAAAAAUAUUUCACGAGCAUCAAGAGGGUCAGCCCUGACUCCAUGAGCGAAGAUGCAUUCGUUCUUUGGAACGAGUCGUUCUUGCUCAGCAGCUACGAGCCCGGCAAGGCCAUUCAGCUGUCCGCAUGGAAUGACUGUACCUUCGACUUCAAGAUGGGAAGUGUGGUGUUGCCCAGCGACCAAUUCGAUCCGAGUGGGUUCGCUGCUGCAUGGAUUUCGUUGGAGGGAGUUCAGUUGGAGAUCUCCUUACAGAUUGAGCACCUGCAGUUUUGA